AUGCGCUGGCAACUCCCAACAACUCUUCUACUCUCCGCCCUCAGCGCGACCCCCGCCCUGGCCGGACAGGAAGUGGUCGGCAUUUGGAGCAGCUCAACCUUCAGUACCAGUGGCAAAACAGGCACACACGACUUCUCCGCCGGCUUCGCGCUGGUUAACCAGGACGGCGAGAGCAUCUACAGCGAAGAAUACCCGGACGGGUACAUCCCGUGUACCCAUGUUGGUCAGGAAUUCCAGCUCGAAAAAGGAUGUUUCGGCGGGGCAUGGUACUCGUUCCGGUGCCAGUCAACCCAAACCGGCAUCCCGCAGCAGUGUGAGGUGAGGGGACCGGAGGGGAACACUGUCGGGACCGGUAAGGGUGAAGAUCAAACGGAUUUCUUCGGGGUGGGAAUUGCGAAGUCUGGCGCUUGCAGAGUGAAGUUCGAGUUGGUGGAUGGGAUUGCCUGUGGCGCGGACGCAGCGGGUUUUUCAGCGCAUCAUAGCGAGUUCUAG